GACACUGUUGACGCUGUUAUUCGUUGUUCAUUGUGGUUCAUUCGGUUCAUUGUUGGAAGAACGUCGAAGCGAGAGUAUUCACGUUGCCUCCCUUUAAACGAGCACAUCGUUUGAACAGAAAAAUGUUGUCCUUUGGAAUAUUGUCUAUUCUUUUGGCAGUAGCAUCUGCCGAAUUCUGCUAUCCUGAUGUAGAAAAAGCUUGUGGCACAACACCCAUACCAGCAGAUGAACAACUGAUGCCAAAUUGUAAUGCUAAAUAUGGAGCUAUUCAAGAGCUUCAAGCUGAUCUUCAAGCAUACGCGAGUGCUAAUAUUGAGUCCAGUUUUGAAUUUUUAUUAAUGUCAAGUUUCUUUGGAAACUACGAGGCUAAUCGCGAUGGGUUCAAAAAAUUAUAUCGUAAAUAUUCUGAUCAACUGUGGGAGGAUUCAAUUAAUGUAAUAAAAUAUAUUACAAAACGUGGUGGUGAAAUGAACUUUAAUCAGUUACCACGUAUUCAGAAAUCUGUGAAUGGAAGCAGAGUAUUAGAAUUGAAUGAACUUAACAGUUUAGCUAAGGCACUUGACACUCAGAAACAACUUGCCACUGAAGCACUCAGAAUUCAUUCUGAAGCAAUGCCUUACAAUAAGCAUGAUGCAGCUGUUGCUCAUUACAUUGAAGAACAGUUCUUAGAAGGACAUACUGAACGUGUAAGAGAGCUAGCAGGCUAUACAACCGAAUUGAAGAGUUUGUCAUCUCAACAUAAUCCAGCUGUUUCUGUAUUCUUGUUUGAUGAAAUCCUGAAGAAAAGUUUGUAAAAUACUUCCAACCAAAGUUACAGAUGUGUAAUACUGAAUCUUAUAUUUAAUUAUUACUAUUAAAAUUCUUUGUAUCAAUAACUUCUGUUCACUGAAAAGUACUUUUUUUUUCUUUCAUUUUUUUCGUAAAGUUCUAUGUGUGAAGUUAAUGAAUUUACUAUAUAAUGUUAUUUU